AAGCAAUGGAAGGAGGCCAAACUUUGGAGGACACAGAAAGAGAGGCUUGUUGUUGUAAGACAGAUGGAGACAGAAUAAUGGCUGCAGGGGACUGGAGGCAGAGACAGAGCGUUGGCUGCACAGGAGCAGACCCACUGUUUGUUUAAACUCUCAAGUUGGAAGAAUGGAAAGUAUCCGAUGAAUAAGAUCCAACUGUGACAGGUGCCGCUGGUGGCAAUAACGUAACAUGCAGUGUAACGGAUACAGCCCCCACCCACAGCAUUGUAUCUUCUACCGCAGACAUGUCCCGUACUAUAUGAGUCGUAAAACAACAAGGAAACAGUCAUUGCAACCUGGAUCUCUGCACAGAACAAUCUGGAGCAACCGUCUGCGAAGUGGACUCUGCCUAUCUGUGUAUCACUGGGCUAGCAACGAACUACCGAGCCGUUUUCCUCACAGAUGGCAGAUACGUGUAUCGGGCAAGAAAAACAACCAGGUCAUGGAGACGAGGUGUCCAGUGCCAAUUCAAAGUCUUCCACCGGCUCGGCGAAAGAGAAGGGAGCUGUAGACCCAGAAGCAUCCAAGACAAAUAUGAAAACCUCAAAACAGGACAAAUGCCCCCAAACCAAAGAAUUGGUUACAGAGCCCAGCCCAAAACCCGAUCCAGUGCAUAAACCCGAGCAGGGGCAGAGCAAUGGGAAGAAGAGGAAAGAAGCAAGCAGCCAAGGAAAUGAGAUGAGCAAUCCUGGGGAGUCAAGGAGGAGCGAGUCUGUGAAAGGACCUCCUGUAUCGCUUCCACGCCUGAUGACACAAGUUGAGUUGGCCACGGCUAAAAAUGUCACAAGCCUAGCGUCGCAGGGGAAGGAGGCUAAAGAAAACGUGAUGAGUCCAGAAGAUGUGGUGCCAGAUAGCCCAUGGACCCCAGACAUAUUUCCACUAAGCCCUGGGGCCAUGGAAACAGAUCCACAAAGUCCAGUUAUUGUAAUAGGAGAUGAAGUUUAUCAUAUCAUAGAUGACUGCCCCCCUCCUCCGGCUCCAUUCCCCCAUCAGUUUGUGACCCUCCAGCCUGGUGAUGUGUCUAAUCGUUACGACUUGAAUAUGGAUGAGGUUCUUGGAGGAGGGAGGUACGGAGAGGUCCAUGUUUGCAGAGAGAGAGCCACUGGACUUCAGCUGGUCGCCAAAGUCCUUAAAAUUCAGAGUGGCCGCGAAAAGGAGAUGGCUCUGAAUGAGAUCAAUGUUAUGAACCAGCUGGAUCACAGGAAUCUUAUCCAGAUGUUUGAUGCCCUGGAGACGCCAAGUGAGAUCUACCUCUUCUUAGAAUAUGUGGAAGGGGGUGAACUGUUCGAGAGGAUUAUCGAUGACAGUUAUCAGCUGAUGGAGGUAGAUGCCAUGGUCUACGUACGUCAGAUCUGUGAGGGCAUCUUCUAUUUGCAUCAGAUGUAUGUUCUGCACUUGGACCUGAAGCCUGAAAACAUUGUUUGCGUCUCAAAAAGCAGUCACAUGGUGAAAAUCAUUGACUUUGGCCUGGCAAGAAGAUAUAAACCGCAGAAGAAGCUGAAGGUCUCCUUUGGAACUGCGGAAUUUCUGGCCCCUGAAGUUGUCAAUUUUGACUUUGUGUCUUUUCCGACGGACAUGUGGAGUGUUGGUGUCAUCUCAUACAUGAUGGUCAGUGGUCUGUCUCCCUACCUCGGCGACAAUGAAACAGAAACUCUGAAUAACGUGCUAAGCAGCGAAGUAGAUUUCGACGAGGAAUCUUUCGAAUCAGUAUCAGAUGAGGCCAAAGACUUUAUAUCGAACCUGCUGAUUAGGGAGAAAAGUGGACGAAUGAGUGCUGGACAGUGUCUCAAACAUCCCUGGCUCAACGACCUUGCACGAAAGGCGAAGCUCUGCAACCGCCUUUUGAAAUCACAGAUCGAACUGCGCAAGUAUAUGAUGCGACGGCGCUGGAAGAAAAACGUUUUUGCCGUAACUGCAGCAAACCGGUUUCUGAAACGAAGUAACUCUGGGUUGUUGACGCCGCUGAGCGAAUGAAGACGGGUGCCGGGAUUUGCAAGUGUGUCUAACCAGUUUAAAAGGAACACAACCAUUAUAGCCAUAUUCUCAUAUUUGACCUCAUUUUGGGAUUUUGGGGUAAGGGACAUAGUCAGGCAGGCCUAGAACCCUGUCUCUAUUUACAAAGUACAGCUGUAUGGGGAAUAAGUGGGAUUUAUAACGAAUCAGCUGGCUCAUGGGGCUCUGUAAUAUUGAUGUCAUGUAGACUGUAUUUUAAUAAAGUUUUUGAGGUAGUGC